AUAUGUUGCAUUGGAUCCUUCGCCCAAGUGGGUUUCAAAAGCCUCUCUCUUCUCCAACCUUCUCUCACUCUCAUUCAUCUCAAUUCGAGUAGUGGCUUGAGAGCUAUAGUCCAAAGAAGUUUUGAGUUUGAGAGAGAGAUGAAAUGACAUAGACCAGUACUUACUUACACUAAACAAACAAAAAAGAAGAUGAUGUGGUGAUUCUAUACAUCUUAGGAAGCCAUUUUCUUUUCUAUUUUCUCUUAGACUUUCUCAGUCUAUAUAUAUUAUUCUUGUUGUCGUUUUGUUUUGGUUGCAUCUUUGGUCCAAUUCUUGUCUUUUUAAUCGUUUUUUUCUCUUCAUGUACUCAAAAUUCAAAUCUUUUUCAAUUAUGGGUGUGUCCAAUUCCGAGAUGUUUCUCUCUGCUGAGAAAGAUCUAAAUUCCUUGGAAUUAAAUUUCUUGGCAAAACCAAGACCAAGAGUGCCAACGUUAGAAUUUCAUCAAGAUCACGACUGUCAUAACAAUAUUGCAACUUCCCAAGAUUCGGAGCUUUGUGAAGAGAAACGAGUGGUUGAUUUACAUGGAAAAGAUGAAGCAAAAGAAGAGAAAGAUCAAGAAAAUAAAUGCAAGGGUUCUGCUUCUUCUUUGAAGAUACAACUGCCUUCUUUAGGAGAAUUCAAGGUUGAAGAAGAACAAGAAGAAGACGGCGAUGGGUUCAAGACUCCAAAAUCUUUGGAUCAGAAAAUCCCGGUGAUGCUUCAAUGUCCACCUGCACCAAGAAAACCAAAAACACGUCCAUUGCCAAAGAGAAAAUUGCCUCAACAACGAAGAAUUCUUCAUGAUCUGUCAAAUGAGAUUGAAGCUUUGUUUCCUCCAGCUCUUCGAGCAGAUCUCGGUAACAAGAUUAAGAAAGUUAGACAAGAAACUCAUGCUAACUGAUGUUCAUCAUCGAACGAUCGUUCAUGUAUGUUCAUCUGUGAAGAAAGUUAUUUCUUUUCCUUAAUUACUUAUCUUUCUGUCUAAUUUCCACGUAGAACGGCAGUUGGAAGUGGUAUAU